AUGGCUUAAAUUACCAAAGAGGCUGAGAAAACUUAUCAUGAAUAAGAGGAAGAAGAAACACAAUAAAAAGAGAUACCUGAUGAUCCUGAAUAUGCUUAUGAAGAUAGGAGAUCAAAAAGAGAAUAUCGACAGACUAGAAUCAAAGAUAAAGAAGAUAGAGCUACAGUAGAAUAAUGUUUGGAUCCAAGAACAAGAGUUAUUCUGAUGAAAAUGAUUAAUAAUAAGUUCUUAAAAGAAAUAAAUGGUUGUAUUUCAACUGGUAAAGAGGCUAAUGUUUAUCAUGGAUGGGAUUUUAAUAAUCUAGAAUAUGCAAUAAAAGUUUAUAAGACUUCAAUUCUUGUAUUUAAAGAUAGAGAUAAAUAUGUAUCUGGUGAAUUUCGUUUUAGAAAUGGUCAUUGUAAAUCAAACCCAAGAAAAAUGGUAAGAUUAUGGGCAGAAAAAGAGUUAAGAAAUUAUAAAAGAAUAUUUCAAUCAUCAAUACCAUGUCCAGAACCUAUUUCUGUUAAGAGCAAUAUUAUAGUAAUGAGAUUUAUAGGUGAAGAUAUGACUCCUGCUCCUAGAUUAAAAGAUGCAACAGAUGUACUUUAUGAAGAUGCUUACAUGUAAGUUGUAAAAUGCAUGAGGAUAUUAUAUUAAGAAUGUAAAUUAAUACAUGGUGAUUUGAGUGAAUACAAUCUAUUAUAUUAUAAGAAUAAAGUAUACUUUAUAGAUGUAUCAUAAAGUAUGGAAAGUGAUCAUCAUAGUGCAUCUGAAUUUUUAAAAAGGGAUAUUUAUAAUAUCAAUCAAUAUUUUAAGAAAAAGGUAUAUAUAUAUAUAUAUUAUUUUAGGAUAUCAUGACAUUUACUCUUAGAUAAUUGUAUAAAUUUAUUACAAAUCCUCAUCUUUAAAAUAUCAAUGAAGAAUUAGAGAGAAUGUAAGAAGAAAGAGAAUAGAUCAAUGAAGAUUUGGAGGAAGAAUAAGAUAAAGUUUUUGUUGGGGCUAUAUAGCCAAAGAAUUUGAAUGAUUUACCAUAAAAAAUAAUAGAAUCUGAAUUGAAUGCAUUUAAAAAAGGUGGAGAGAGUAUUGGUAAAACUAUAGCAGAUUUCUAGAAUGCAAAUUUAGAACUUUAAUAAUUAAAUAAUGGAAAUGAAUUGGAUGAUAAUGAAGAUUCAAAUGAAGAUGAUGAUGAAUCAAAUAAGGAUGAUUAAGAUUGUAAUUCAGAUUCAUCAUCAGAUGUAUCUUUAUUAAGUGAUAAUGAUGAUGAUUAAGAAUAGGAUCCUGAAAAUUAAAAUGAAGAUGGUGAAAAAAAAAAGAAGGGUGGAUUAUGUAAAUAUGAUGGACUUACAAAAAAAGAAAGAAAAUAAAAAGUUAAAGAGGAAAAAAGAGAAAAAAGAAAAACUAAACUUCCUAAAAAUAUUAAAAAAAUACUUACCAAAAAAUAAAGAUGAU